GGAAAUGCAGCCGCGCCGGAAGACGGAACUCCCAGCCGUCUCUGCGCUCCUAGUUGGCAAGAUGGUGUCUCGCAGGAAGAAACAGAAGGCAGGCGGCCACGAGGAGAGCAUACCAAGCCCACCGGGGUAUUCAGCUGUUCCAGUCAAGUUCUCAGAAAAGCAGCAGGCUCCUCAUUACCUCUACAUGAGACAGCACAGAGUUCGCCAAGGCACCCAGUCCACGUGGCCUCCCAGUCGGACCCUUUUUAUCCUCAAUGUGCCCCCAUACUGUACACAGGAGAGCUUGUCUCGAUGCCUGGCCUCCUGCGGCACCAUCAAGACAGUAGAGCUGCAGGAGAAGCCUGACCUUGCCGAGAGCCCCAAGGAGCCAAAGUCACUGUUUUUUCAUCCCAAGCCGGUGCCGGGCUUUCAGGUAGCUUAUGUGGUGUUCCAGAAGCCAAGUGGAGUGUCGGCUGCUUUGAACUUGAAGGGCCCAUUGCUGGUUUCUACAGAGAGCCACCUUGUGAAGAGCGGAAUUCACAAGUGGAUCAGUGACUAUGAAGAGUCUGUGCUGGACCCUGAGGCCCUGAGGAUGGAAGUAGACGCAUUCAUGGAGGCCUAUGACAAGAAGAUAGCUGAGGAGGAAACUAAGGCCAAGGAGGAGGAGGGAGUCCCUGAUGAGGAGGGCUGGGUGAAGGUCACCCGCCGGGGCCGCAGGCCUGUUCUCCCUCGGACGGAAGCGGCCAGCCUGCGCGUUCUCGAGAAGGAGAAACGGAAGCGUGCCCGCAAGGAGCUGCUCAACUUCUAUGCCUGGCAACACCGAGAGACCAAGAUGGAGCACUUGGCACAGUUGCGAAAGAAGUUUGAGGAGGACAAGCAGAGGAUUGAACUGAUGCGUGCCCAGCGUAAAUUCCGACCCUAUUGAGCUGUUCUGACAAGAAGUAGCUGUUUCCCACACAGGCUGGAAGAGCAGGGCAGGGCUGCCUUGUAGGAGGAUUUGGCCUUCACAGAGCUGCCUCUGCCCUCUCCUGCCUGUAAAGACAGUCCCAGGAAACCUGGCUGACCAUCUGACAAGCUUGCCCUCCACGAAGCCCUCCUGAUAACAGCCACUUGGAACGUAGUGAAGACAAGAGAUUUUAUUUCCACACAGCUGGUGGCAAGGACAGGCUCCAGAAGCCUCAGCCCCGAGGGUCAGCCCCAGCCCUGCUUCCUAACACCCAGUCCCCUUCUCACAGUUACAGGUGAGACCAGAAUCUUCUUUCCCUGCCCCUCGCUCUGCUGAAGGAGUCUCUGCUGCCUCUCCCAGUCCAGUGAGACUCACGCCCACCCCACCUAUUUUGUGGGAUGAGUGCUCAAGAUCCAGUGGAAGCUAGAAAGUGGGAACAAGACCCCAGACCAGCGCUACAGCCUGGAAGAGGUCGUCCUCGGUAGGUCCUGGAGGAAGGAGCUGAUGACUCCAGCCAGAAUCUGAGGCUUGUUCAUGUGGACAUAGUGAUUUCCUGGCACUUCCACAAACUGGAACCGCUGGAGGAAGGGGGUGGCUGGUGAGAUGCCACCCACUCAGGAGACACCCGUGGCCAACUGCCUCCAAGUGGGUCAGAGGCAACCUCUGACCGGCCCUUGUCUGUUCACAGUAGCUUCUAGGAGGUACACCUCAGAAUUAAGCCCGGCUGGGAGUUAGGGGAAGAUAAUAAAAUUCUGCCAACAAA